UGUUGCAGCUCGUCCGGAAACUACCGGAGUGGCUGCCGGGAGAGGGCGGAACAACAGGAAGUAAACAUUGACAGACUGAUCUCGUCUUUGUCGGAAGUCUUUGGGGUCGGCUGUGGCCGGACUGGAGGGGUCCAGAUAACCAUGUCAGCUACAGCUGUAGAUGCAGUUAAUGCGGCCCCCCUGUCAGGGUCCAAAGAAAUGAGUCUGGAGGAACCAAAGAAGAUGACCAGAGAGGACUGGAGAAAGAAGAAGGAGUUAGAAGAGCAGCGGAAACUGGGUAAUGCUCCUGCAGAAGUUGAUGAAGAAGGAAAAGACAUCAACCCUCAUAUACCUCAGUAUAUUUCUUCAGUGCCAUGGUAUAUUGAUCCAUCAAAAAGACCUACUUUAAAGCACCAGAGACCACAACCAGAGAAACAGAAGCAAUACAGCUCAUCUGGAGAAUGGUACAAGAGGGGUGUAAAAGAGAAUUCCAUAACUACUAAGUACCGCAAGGGAGCAUGUGAAAAUUGUGGGGCCAUGACACACAAAAAGAAAGACUGCUUUGAGAGACCUAGGCGAGUUGGAGCAAAAUUUACAGGUACUAAUAUAGCUCCAGAUGAGCAUGUCCAGCCCCAGCUGAUGUUUGACUAUGAUGGGAAGAGGGACCGGUGGAAUGGCUACAAUCCAGAGGAACACAUGAAAAUUGUAGAGGAAUACGCCAAAGUUGAUCUGGCAAAACGAACACUGAAAGCCCAGAAACUCCAAGAAGAAUUAGCCUCAGGGAAAUUAGUGGAACAAGCUAAUUCUCCAAAACACCAGUGGGGAGAAGAGGAACCAAAUUCUCAAACGGAAAAAGAUCAUAAUAGUGAAGAUGAGGAUGAAGAUAAAUACGCAGAUGACAUUGACAUGCCUGGACAGAACUUUGACUCUAAGAGGCGAAUUACUGUCCGGAAUCUCAGGAUUCGAGAAGAUAUUGCAAAAUAUUUGCGGAAUUUAGAUCCAAAUUCUGCUUACUAUGAUCCCAAAACUAGAGCGAUGAGAGAGAAUCCCUAUGCCAAUGCAGGAAAGAAUCCAGAUGAAGUGAGCUAUGCAGGGGAUAACUUCGUUAGAUACACAGGAGAUACCAUUUCAAUGGCUCAGACACAGUUGUUUGCUUGGGAAGCCUAUGACAAGGGAUCUGAAGUGCAUCUGCAGGCCGAUCCUACAAAACUAGAGCUGUUGUACAAGUCCUUCAAAGUCAAAAAAGAAGACUUUAAGGAACAGCAGAAAGAAAGCAUCCUGGAAAAGUAUGGUGGCCAAGAACACUUGGAUGCCCCUCCAGCUGAAUUGCUUUUAGCUCAGACUGAAGACUAUGUGGAGUACUCAAGACAUGGGACAGUCAUCAAAGGACAGGAGAGGGCUGUCGCCUGCUCUAAGUAUGAGGAGGAUGUGAAGAUCCACAAUCACACACAUAUCUGGGGAUCUUACUGGAAAGAAGGCCGAUGGGGAUACAAAUGCUGUCACUCCUUUUUCAAGUAUUCCUAUUGCACUGGAGAAGCUGGGAAGGAGAUUGCUAAUUCAGAGGAAUGUAUUAUAAAUGAUAUAACUGGAGAAGAAUCUGUAAAAAAACCUCAAACGCUCAUGGAGAUGCAUCAGGAAAAACUAAAAGAAGAUAAAAAGAAGAAAAAGAAGAAGAAGAAGAAGCAUCGAAAGAGCAGUUCAGAUAGUGAUGAUGAAGAAAAGAAACAUGAAAAAUUGAAAAAGGCCCUGAAUGCAGAGGAAGCCCGCCUUCUUCACGUCAAGGAGAUUAUGCAGAUUGAUGAGAGGAAGCGGCCUUACAAUAGCAUAUAUGAAACUCGGGAACCCACUGAAGAGGAAAUGGAGGCCUAUAGAAUGAAACGUCAGAGGCCGGAUGACCCCAUGGCCUCCUUCCUUGGACAGUAGUAGCUAGUUACAGACAGUCACCCAAGAUAGAUACAUAGAUACAUUCUUUUCAGCUUCUUGCUGAUAAUUGUAGGUGGAAAACCCCUUGACUACUCUUUUUGCUGCCUGACUUUAAUAAAGCUUCCAGAAGUCUUUUAGUAAAUUCAUUUCUUUGUACACCGAAGAAACAAGAAAAACAAAGAGCAAUUCAUUAAGUGUAUGUUAAGAUUUUUUUUCCAAUUUUAUUUUAGGUGAUGUGGAAAGAGGCCUUGGCUCUUUACCUAGCAAGAAUGUCUUCUACUCAACAUUAUUAAGGCUUAAACUUUAUCUCCACAAUUCAUAUGGCCCUUUAUCUAGUUAACACGCAUUUUGAAGGCAGAUUAGUUACUCUUUCUCAAAAUCAGUGUUUCAUUUUUUCAAAUUAUUAGUAACUAUAAUUAUAGUUAUUUGAGAAUCCUUUGUUUUUGCCUUCUAAGGUUUCCCUGGUCUGAAACUAAAAAAAUUAUUCUAUCUUGGGUUUUGGGUUACUGAAAGGAAACCUGUAGAACAUAUGAGUAACUUUAUCUCCCAUGUCAAUCUGUAUAGUAAUAAUUCUGUUUUCUGCUUGGUUAUAAAAUUUUUAUUUUUAAAAUAUUUCCUUGUACCUUACAUCCAGAAUAACAGAAAAAUAAUAUUUUGUCAUCUUUGAGCCAGUGUUGUGACGGUCUUUUAUCAUUCUGGACUUGAGCCUUUAAACACAGAAAUCCUUUCCUCUAUCAUAGAAAAUACAGUUUGUGAUACUAUUUGUUGCUUUAAUUGUGAUUGCCUUUAUGUAAUAAUCAUGAAUAUUAAAUUUUAAAAGAUUGUAGAAUAUCCAUUAUACCUAAUACCUAUAGUAAGCAGGUGUCUGUAAAAUUUGCAAAAAGCAAAACCUGAAGUUGAAGGUUUCUUCGAAGAAUUAUAAGGAUAGCUUGUAGGGCUAUUAAUAACUGAGACCGCCAUGAUCCUCAGGGCUCUUCUAAGACCAUCAUGAAAAUAAUACAGAGUGGGCUCAAUGAAAACAGCCUGUUUCAAACCCCUGAUAGAAGUACAUUGGCUUUUUAACAGCUCACCAAAACUGAUUAGGAUACAGCUGUAAGUUACCAUCUCAGAAAUAGUAACAAUCGAAUUGUCAUGUACUAUGAAUAUAGUGUGUAGAUUCAGACUACUGUGCAAUUAAAAAAGCAAUGCAAAUGGAGGUAAUUCUUAACCUAUUUCAAGAAAGUCAAUGACUUAUGUGUUCAUAUUCCUACCUUACCAUGGGGUGGUUCCAUAAAGUGACAAUGUCUAUUUUGUAUUUUAUUUAUCUUUUGGUAAUAAAGAUACAUAAUUAGAA